GCUGUGAGUUCUAUGACAAUCGGCAGCCCUGUCACUGUUAGCAGUCCUUCGGGCUUUAAGAGCACGAUGACAAUUGGCAGCCCUGUAAGCGUGAGUUCUCCCGCGCAGACUACAACCACAGUCGUUAGCGGACCCGAGAGUGCUAGCAGUCCUCCAAGGAUUGGAACUUCUACACAUGUUACAGGCACUGUGGGUAUUGCUAGUCCUGCAAGUGUUAGUAACGCUAGAAGUGUAGGAACAUCCGCAAGUGUUGCUGUUGGCAGCCCUGUGAGCGUUAGUAGUACAGCAAGUGCUGGAAGUGGAGGAAGUGUCAAGAGCAUCAUGACAGUUGGCAGCCCCGUGAGCGUCGGCAGCCACGGCGUCACGACCGCAGGCACUGUCUUCACCCAUGGCAGCAGAGGUCGAGGCGAUGGUGACCACGGCAGCAGGAGAACCAGUGGUUCCUUUAGCAUCACGAAGGCCCACGUGACACACGUUGGCACCUUCGAAGGCCGUGACAUUAUAGAUCACAUAUUUGAUGGCGAUAACUUCAGCGUCACUAAAGCUCGACUGACCCACGUUGGCACUCUGCCCCCGUCAGGCUCUUCCGGUGCCAGUCGAGAUUACAGCAGAUAACUUCGAUCUAUGAGAUACCAAGAAAGAGAUACCAAGAAACAAGUUCCAAUAAAGGG